CUCUGGGUUCCUUGUACGCAUGCGCGUCACAACGGUAGCCUGUCAAUUCGAAACCUAGCGAGGGAAAACAAACCAAGCUCCUGCAUCUGUUGUCUUGAUAUCAUGCCUGUCCACGUGCUGCCAAGCUCCCAGGUACCAGCACAUCUGGCAAGGGUGCCCAUCUCGCUCAUCAGCACCAGCACAGACACCACCGACAAAAUGAUCAUGGGGAAAGUGGUUCGUAAGGGGCCGUUGGUGUCACCAGCAGCUGAUGACUUUAUCCUGAAGGCUGUCAUUCAAGAAGACGAUUCCUCUCAGGAUGCCUCGGCUCAGAAUGUGUCCAUCAACGUUGUCCUGUUUGGGGCACUGGCCAAGAGCUUUAGUCAAGAUGUCAAUCAAGGGGAUGUGGUGGUGGCCUCUGGCUUCACUGUGGGCAAAUCUCCCACAGUUCGGAAGGACAAGCUGCACCCCUGUAACCUUCUACUGUCGAGAGAUGACGCCUGCAUUUAUGUUUCUCGACCGCCACCUCCUCCUGACCCGAGAUCACUGCCGGCUAAGAGGAGCUCCACACUGUCCUCUGAGGUUUCCACGACAACCAAGGCACCAAAAUACACAUAUGUCCAGCUGGACAAACUUAAGGCUGGAUCUGUUGUCAAUGUCUAUGGUGUGGUGGUGUUCUUCAAGCCACCAUUCAAGACCCGUGGCACAGAUUUAUGCUCCAGCUUGAAGAUCACUGAUCAGUCUGACCAGAAGAUAGGCUGCACCAUCUUCUGUGAGAAGCUGACAGACCAUCCCAAAGUCUUUAAAAUCGGAGACAUUGUCAGAAUGCACAGAGUCAAGGCUCAGGUGUUCAACAACUCCAUCACACUGGUCAACACUUUUGGGUUCUCUGCGGUGACAUUUGAUGGUGCGGUGGGUGGAGCUGUGGAGCCACAGACAUCCAGUCGAUCUUUUCAUUUCGACCAGGAGGACCAGCGGAGAGUGGAGGAGCUGCGAUCCUGGGCAGCCGCCCAGGCUGUCAUCCCCCCAGUUCCCACCGCGACCCCCCUGUCUGAUGUCCAGCCUAAGGCUUACUUCAACCUGACCUGCCAACUGCUGGCCAAAGCUCCCAUCGACACCACUUGUACCCUGCUAAGGGUGUGGGAUGGGACAAAGUGUCCACACCGUUUGCUGAAAGUAAUUGUUGAGCCGAAUGUCAUAGAGGGCCCAUCUACCUUAUCAAAAGAGAAAGAGAACCUCGUAGCCAACGUCCUCAUCUACGACAACCACGUGGAGUCUGCCAGACAGCUGAAGCCUGGAGCCUUCCUGAGGAUCUACAACCUGCGAGCAAUCUCUGGAUCCAGUAAAGUUCCAGGCCUCACCAGCAACCAGUCAGACGAGCUGGAUCAUCUGGCUUUUCACCUGCAUGGAGGGACGUCAUAUGGUCGGGGGAUACAAGUUCUUCCAGAAAACAGCGCUGACGUACGGGAGCUGAAGAGAGUCAUUGAAGCCUUCCAAGAGAAUGAUGAACUUGAGCUGGAAGACUCAGAGAUGUUGGAGAUCUGGUGCACUCCUCCGGAGUCUCUGGAUGAUGAAGCAGUUGAAUGCAUCUCAGAGAGAAGCUGUAGUCACCAUAUGCAGCCAGUGAUGCUGUCCAAGCUGAAGCAGAGCAAUCCGGGUCAGGUUCACCACGUCAGAGCCCAGCUGAGGUCCUACGAACCCUGCAAACUCUACCAGGCUCUGAAACUCUACUGCAGCAAGUGUACAUCAAUGCAGGACAUUCCAGAUGAUGACAUGAUUGCCGGUGUCUUCUCUGAGGUGUUCAGGGGCUCUGAACCCUAUAUUCCCCCACCAUGGGCAUUCUCUGGACUGGUUGACGUCCCCAAACUCUCCCCAGAAUCCCCAGACCGGUCACUGAGAGUUCACCUGGCCAGCCAGUUUUUGUCAGAGGACAAAAAUAAGCAACUCAUUUUCCUCAUGGGUUCAAGUCUGGAGGAAACAUGUCAACUAACAGCCGGCUACCAGAACAUUGUCCCUGUGAGGUCGACAGGAGGUGACCUGGCUCUGCUCGACCUGUCUGCACCUUUCCUGUUCAGAGGCAGGAAGAGAUACUACGGAUGUAAGCACUGCUCCAAAGCUGCAGUGAAGGAGCCACGUACUGAAGGAGUAGAAGUGAUCGAUGAGAAGAUCAUUGCAGAAGCUCUUGGCGUUCAGUUGCUAAAGUUCGUCCUCCUGAUUAAGCUGAAGCUGCAGGACGCCACUGACACGCUGGACGUCUUCCUGUGGAGAGAUGCUGUGGCGUCUCUCGGGGUCACCACCUUCACACUGUGUGCUCUGUGCAUCGACCGCUUUCGCGCGGCCACCAACGUGCAGAUGUACUACGAGAUGAUAGAGAACUGGGCGUCUACCACGGCCAAGCUCACCGUCAUCUGGGUGGGGGCUUUGCUGCUGGCGCUGCCCGAGCUCCUGAUCCGGCAGCUGGUCACAGAGGACGGCGACCCUCCUGACGUGACGCCGUGUGAGCGCUGCGUGGUGAGGAUCUCCACCGAACUCCCGGACACGCUGUACGUCCUGGGACUCACUUAUGAUGGGGCGCGCCUCUGGUGGUACUUCGGCUGCUACUUCUGCCUGCCGACGCUGUUCACCAUCUGCAGCUCGCUGGUCACCGCCCGCAAGAUCCGCCGAGCUGAGCGGGCCUGCGUCCGUGGCAGCAAGAAGCAGAUCCAGCUGGAAAGCCAGAUGAACUGUGCCGUGGUGGCCUUGGCCAUCCUCUACGGCUUCUGCAUCAUCCCAGAGAACAUCUGCAACAUUGUCAGCGUGUACAUGGCAGCCGGUGUUCCCAGGAGAACCCUGGACAUCCUGCAUCUGGUCAGCCAGUUGCUGCUGUUCUGCAAGUCUGCGGUGACCCCCGUGCUGCUGUUCUGCCUGUGCCAGCCGUUCACCAGAGCCUUCCUGGACUGCUGCUGCUGCUGCUGCGACGAGUGUGGCCCACCGCGUUCCCCGGCCACCGCCAACAGCAACAUGGACGAGUGCGCCACGUCCGACCUGGAAAUGUCGCCGUUCAGCACGAUCCACAGGGAGCCGUCCACCUCUGCCGCCUACUCUGCUGUGGGGACCCACUGUUGAGGUCAGCAGUCAAGGAUGAGCCUCCAUCAGACCAUCAUCUGAUGUGAUCAAGAACAUGAGUGAUGAACGUAUAAAAGUAUCUGCCAGUCAUCUCCUGAUCAACCCAAACUCUUGAAAUAACUUGUGUUUACUGAUGGACAGGCUGAAGAUGACACUGUCCGUCCAUUCACCGUUUACAGAAUUUCUACACCAGAAACAAAACUCAGUCAGUAUUAGUUAUUGGCAGUUAUUUUCAUUUUUUAAUUAACUUAGCAGUAUUGUUACUGGAGCUGCACUCAGUUGUACUUUUUGUUUGUUGUCACAGUGUUGGUGCUGAAGCUUAGAGCAGACAUGGGCUCUGACAGUUAUCCUUGAAGAUUUGAAAAAAUAUAAUAAUUAAAUUUGAUAAACUAUGUAAUAUUUCCUUUUUUAAAAAAGACUGUUUUCUAGAUUUUAGUUUGAGUUCAACUGCUAUAUGAAAACUCAAAAUCUAGUUUUUGUUUUUAUUAUUAUUAUUAUUAUUAUUAUUAUUAUUAUUAUUGGAAAAUGCAAAACUGAAAUGAAAAUUGCAAACUCCAUUUUCCAAGAAAUUUUGUGCCAAAUAAUUAUUUUUCCUGAAAAGUUCCAACCGACAUAAAAAAAGGAAAUUCUCUCCAGCCAUGGCUGCUAUCACUGCCAGUUUUGUUCGUUUGGAUGUUCUUGUUUGUUUUCUUCUUCGAAUGAGUGAGUCAGUGGCACGAUGAGUAAUAUAUUCCAGAUGGUUGUUAAUGCUGUCUUGUGUUAGCUGGUGUCCACCUGUAAAUGACUGUUUUGAGUUUUUAGCCACAAGAAAAAUAUCACUUUUAUUAAAAAGAAGAAAGAAAAUGA